ACAUGAAACGUAAAUCAUUGAAAGUAUAUAGAAUACAUAAAAACAUACCUAAUAGGAUAUACCUGCUAAUAAUCUAACGAAGUUUUCAUACGCAUCAGUGAGUCGCGUCGCGAAUUUUCUUUUCCACGUAUUAUGUGACGUAUUAGGUACUAUUAAGUGUUUAAAUAGCUAUAGCUUGUCGAUAAUUUAAACAUUGUUAUCUAGCAGCAGCAGUAAGGAAGUAGAAGAGUUAGUGUUUAUUUAACAAAUACCACAAAAGUAACAUGGAAACUGAAAAAAGUUUCGAGCAGUGCGAGGAGUGGAGAAAACGAGCAUUCCUUGGACCAUUACCGCCUAAUUUUUUAAGGAUAGAAAAUACGAUGUCUGGCAAUCAACAAGAGGAAGCUGACAGGCAGGCUGCAUUUGCCCUACAUCACAUGCAAAAUCAAACAAUGUCUAAUAUGGGCAGACUGACCAUCACAGUUGUACAAGCCAAGCUCGUGAAAAAUUAUGGAUUUACAAGCAUGGAUCCUUAUGUCAGAUUAAGAGUAGGCCAUACAAUUUACGAGACCCAUACAGACAGAAGAGGUGGAAAAAAUCCCCACUGGAACAAAGUCAUUCAUGUUUUCCUGCCUCAAGGAGUAAAUAAAAUUUACAUCGAGAUUUAUGACGAGUGUUCUUUUACAAUGGAUGAAUUGAUUGCAUGGGGGCACAUAGACAUUCCACCUCAAGUUAUUGAGAAGGGUACGACUUACGAGGACUGGUAUUUACUUAGUGGAAAGCAAGGCGACAACCAAGAGGGCUCUAUAAAUUUAGUACUGAGUUAUCAGGUAAGAUAUCCCAAGGCAUACAUGGAAGUGCCAGCACCAGUCAUGAUGGUGCCAUCAACAAAUGUGAUUGGGAAUAUCGCUCCAUAUGCACCAGUCAAUGUUUAUACAGCACCGCCAGCCCCACCUGUUCUUCCAAGCACACUACCAAAUGCUGAGGCUGAAUUAAAACAGCUCUCAGAAAUGUUUCCAAAUAUUGAUAAAGAAGUGAUAAAAUCAGUUUACGACGCGAACGGCGGCAAAAAAGAUAUGUCUGUGAAUUCACUAUUAACAAUGGCAGAAUAAUUUUUUCUACUUUAUCAAACGAAACCAAAACUCGCGCUUUAAAUAAAGAAUAUACUUAUAACUGUCAAUGCAAUAUUUGUAAGUUUUGCGGCUCUGGUUUACUAUACAUACCCACGAUUUUUUGCUUUGAAAAGCGUGAAGAGGGUAAAGAGUGUUAUCGGAAAAAUCAGAUGCAAAAUAUUUAUGUAUGAUUUAUAAAACUGGCUUUUACGUCCUUUAGUUUGAACGUGUAAGUCUCUACUGGUGUUAACGUUAUUGCUAAAUAUUUUAUUAAAACUCAUCUAUUAUUAAAUGUGAAUAUUUAAAAAUGAAAUUCGUUUUAAUUUGCAAGCAAACAAAACAGAUACAUAUAAUGGAAAGUAAUUGUAUGUAAAUAAAAAUUGCGAGGAUAUAAAAUAUGCUAACAAAAUUAUGGCAUCUAUAUAAUGAAGCAGAA